AUGGGAGCAAGGACAGGGGCACAGGACUUGAGGAUCAAGGCAGGGAUUUGGUCUGGUCCAGUGGCUUUAUUGGUGUCUAGUGUGGUCAGUAGUUUCAGUAUGCCGUUAGUCGAGAUGUCAAGCGGAGAUAUUGGGGGCACUGGCCCCCGCAAUGCAAGGUCACAGUACCAGCACCAACAGGAGCAACAGCCCCAUCAACUCAAGCACCAGUACCAGCUUCAGCACCAGCUGCAGCUCCAACCCGAGCACCAUCUGCUGCACCAGCUUCUGCACCAGCAUCAGCACCAGCUCCAGCACCAGCCGCAGCUCAGUCCUCACUGUAGCAGGACAAGUAAGAGACCAACGGAGAAAUAUAGGAUAUGCUACAAAUACUGCUUCGGCAGAUGA